GCUAUGUUAUGCAGAUACAGCAGAUAUUACUGAGCUUUUAAAUAUAGGCCUAUUAUGCAGAGUCAGUAUAUAUUAGUGGGUUUUUACAUAUAUUACGCAGACUUACUAUGUGUGGGUUUUUUUGAAUUUGUGUGUCUGUGUGUGUAUGUGCGCGCGUGUCGCAGGAACAACAGCAGUGACGUUUUCAUGACAGCCUCGCGCAGCUCCAACAGUGCAUUCUGGGUCCAACCCAAGAUGGCUGCGCCCUUGCAGAAGUGCUGAAGCAGUGCCUCUCCGGAGAAAUUCUCGGGGAUUAUUUGAGACAUUUCCGCGGUAACCGUCGCGAGAAUCCGCCGAGCGGCCACGCCGGUUUGUAGUAGAACACCGUAGCACCGCAGUCAUCGAUAAGCACGGCCCGUGCCUCGUGUGGCUGUGGCAGACUGUCCGCGUGAAGAUGGGCCUGGUCUCGAGCCGCUUCCCAUAGCGUCGCGCGGCGCGGAGAGGAGCCGCACGUUCCCCUGCAAACACGCGCCUGUGCAGCUCGGGUUUGACGGCUUUGACAUACUGUACCGCCUGUGGACGCUGCCCUACAACCUCCUGACCAGGAUAGUCUGUGCCACCGUGUCUAUCAUCGUCCGGAGAAGGAGAGCGUCCCCGGCCCGGGCUGACCCCGACACCGAUACCGACACCGCUACAGCUCCGAGGGCCCUGAUGAAAAUGGACUCAGACUUGCUUCACUCCCCAGCCGUGGGCCUCGCUGAGGAGGAGGAGGCCGACAUGAACGACUGGAAGCUCCCGCUGGCCUUCAUGAAGAAGCGGCACUCGGAGAAGAUCGAGGGCUCCAAGGCCUUAGCGCAGAGCUGGAGGAUGAAGGACAGGAUGAAGACUGUGAGCGUAGCACUGGUGUUGUGCCUCAAUGUGGGAGUGGACCCUCCUGAUGUAGUCAAGACGUCCCCCUGCGCCAGACUGGAGUGCUGGAUAGAUCCUCUGUCGAUGAGUCCACAGAAAGCCCUGGAGACCAUCGGGGCCAACCUUCAGAAGCAAUAUGAAAACUGGCAGCCCAGGGCUCGUUACAAACAGAGCCUGGACCCCACGGUGGACGAGGUGAAGAAGCUGUGCACGUCCCUGAGACGCAACGCCAAAGAGGAGCGAGUCCUCUUCCACUACAACGGCCACGGAGUGCCGCGACCCACCGUUAAUGGAGAGAUCUGGGUUUUUAAUAAGAACUACACCCAGUACAUCCCGCUGUCCAUCUACGACCUGCAGACGUGGAUGGGGAGCCCGUCCAUUUUCGUCUACGACUGCUCCAACGCGGGAAUCAUCGUCAAGUCCUUCAAACAGUUCGCCCUGCAGAGAGAGCAGGAGCUGGAGGUGGCAGCCAUCAACCCGAGCCACCCGCUGGCCCAGAUGCCCCUCCCUCCCUCCAUGAAGAACUGCAUCCAACUGGCUGCCUGCGAGGCCAGCGAGCUGCUACCCAUGAACCCCGACCUCCCUGCUGACCUGUUCACCUCCUGCCUCACAACACCCAUCAAGAUCGCCCUCCGGUGGUUUUGUAUGCAGAAGAGUGCCAAGCUGGUGCCAGGGGUGACGUUAGACCUCAUCGAGAAGAUCCCUGGCAGGCUCAACGACAGGCGCACUCCCCUCGGAGAGCUCAACUGGAUCUUCACCGCCAUCACUGACACCAUCGCCUGGAAUGUGCUGCCCAGAGAUUUGUUCCAGAAGUUGUUUCGUCAGGACCUGCUGGUGGCCAGCUUGUUCCGCAAUUUCCUGUUAGCGGAGAGGAUAAUGAGGUCAUACAACUGCACACCGGUCAGCAGUCCACGUCUUCCCCCUACAUACAUGCACGCCAUGUGGCAAGCGUGGGACCUGGCUGUGGACAUCUGCCUCUCUCAGUUGCCUACCAUCAUCGAGGAGGGCACCGCCUUCAGACACAGUCCUUUCUUCGCAGAACAGCUGACAGCAUUUCAGGUGUGGUUGACGAUGGGUGUGGAGAACAGAAACCCCCCUGAGCAGCUCCCUAUUGUACUGCAGGUCCUCCUGAGUCAGGUGCAUCGGCUGCGGGCUCUAGACCUCCUCGGACGGUUUCUGGACCUAGGACCAUGGGCCGUCAGUCUGGCCCUGUCUGUAGGGAUCUUCCCCUACGUGUUGAAGCUGCUUCAGAGCUCAGCCAGAGAGCUGCGGCCACUGCUGGUUUUUAUCUGGGCCAAAAUCCUGGCUGUGGACAGUUCGUGUCAAGCCGACUUAGUGAAAGACAACGGUCACAAGUACUUCCUGUCAGUGUUGGCUGACAAUUACAUGCCAGCUGAGCAUCGGACCAUGGCUGUCUUCAUAUUAGCUGUCAUUGUCAACAGCUACAACACAGGACAGGAGGCCUGUCUGCAGGGCAACCUAAUAGCCAACUGCCUGGAGCAGCUGUCGGACCCCCACCCCCUGCUCCGCCAGUGGGUGGCUAUCUGCCUGGGCCGCAUCUGGCAGAACUUCGACCCGGCACGCUGGUGCGGAGUCCGGGACAGCGCCCACGAGAAGCUGUACACCCUCCUGUCAGAUCCCAUCCCCGAGGUGAGAUGCGCGGCCGUCUUCGCUCUGGGAACGUUCGUGGGAAACUCAGCCGAGAGGACGGACCACUCCACCACCAUCGACCACAACGUUGCCAUGAUGCUCGCCCAGCUCAUCAACGACGGCAGCCCCGUUGUCCGCAAGGAGCUGGUGGUAGCACUGAGUCACCUCGUGGUCCAGUAUGAAAGCAACUUCUGCACAGUAGCCCUGCAGUUUAUAGAAGAGGAGAAGAACUACACGGUGCCGUCGCCAGCCAACACUGCAGAGCCUGGUAACCUGACUCCAGUGAGGGACAGCCCAGCCAUCCCACGCCUGCGAUCGGUCAACUCCUACACCAACAUCCGAACUGCCACCACCGCCCGCAACCUGAACAAGAGCCUGCAGAACCUCAACCUCAACGAAGAGGGUGGACCGGCAGCCUUCUCUCCUGGUAACUUGAGCACCAGCAGCAGUGCCAGCAGCACCCUGGGGAGCCCCGACAACGACGAGUACAUCCUGUCCUUCGAAACCAUCGACAAAAUGAGACGAGUGUCUUCAUAUUCGUCCCUCAACUCCCUCAUAGGUGUGUCCUUCAACAGUGUUUACACUCAGAUCUGGAGAGUGCUGCUACAUCUCGCUGCAGACCCUUUCCCCGAAGUGUCUGAUCUGGCCAUGAAGGUCCUUAACAGCAUCGCCUACAAGGCGACCAUGAACGCUCGGCCUCAGAGGAUCCUGGACUCUGGAUCUCUCACCCAGUCGGCCCCGGCCAGCCCCACCAGCAAGGGCACGCACAUCCACCAGGCCGGUGGUUCUCCUCCCAUGCCCAGCACCAGCAGCUCCAGCCUGACCAACGAGGUGCCCAAACCCCCCACCAGAGAGCAGCCGGCCACACGCCCCCCUUACACACCCACACUGGGAGGACAGGCGCCCCACUCCCACCAAUUCCCCCGCACCCGAAAGAUGUUUGACAAGGGACCCGAGCAGGCAGCUGAGGAUGGGGACGAUCCAGGUGGUCACAGGAACUACAUCAGCGCAGCCCUCCAGACGGGUCUGUGUGAUUGGAGCGCCAAGUAUUUUGCUCAGCCAGUCAUGAAGAUCCCAGAGGAGCAUGACCUGGAGAGUCAGGUGAGGAUGGAGCGGCAGUGGAGGUUCCUGAGAAACGCUCGUGUGAGAAGGCACAGCCGGAGCAUCACACAAAGAGGUGUCUCCCGUCUAGAUGAUCAAAUAUUCAUCAACCGCAACCCUGGCGUGCCGUCUGUCGUGAAGUUCCAUCCCUUCAACACCUGCAUCGCUGUGGCCGACAAGGACAGCAUCUGUUUUUGGGACUGGGAAAAGGGCGAGAGGCUGGACUACUUCUACAACGGGAACCCUCGCUACACCCGCAUCACGUCCAUGGAGUACCUGAACGGACACGACUGUUCAUUACUGCUCACCGCAACAGAUGAUGGAGCGCUGCGUAUCUGGAAGAAUUUCGCUGACCAGAAGAAUCCAGAGAUGGUGACGGCAUGGCAGGGCCUUUCUGACAUGCUGCCCACUACCAGAGGUCAGCCCUCCACCAGCGCUCACAGUCUGGCCAGAAGGGUCUCCAUCUAUCUUGACAGGAGUAAGCAAGGAGGUGCAGGCAUGGUUGUGGACUGGGAGCAGGAGACUGGGCUCCUCAUGACGUCCGGAGAUGUUCGAGUCAUCAGGAUCUGGGACACUGACAGAGAGAUGAAAGUCCAGGACAUCCCGACAGGAGCAGACAGCUGUGUGACCAGCCUGUCAUGUGACUCCCAGCGCUCGCUCAUCGUCGCCGGUCUCGGUGACGGUUCUGUACGUGUCUUCGACAGGAGAAUGGGUCCCAAUGAAUGUCGGGUGAUGACCUACAGAGAGCACGGAGCCUGGGUAGUGAAAGCUCAUCUACAGAAGGAGACAGAUGGACAUAUUAUCAGUGUCAGCGUUAACGGAGACGUUCGAUUCUUUGAACCGCGGACACCGGACUCCAUUAACGUGCUGCAGACGGUGAAGGGGUUAACAGCCCUGGACAUCCACCCGCAGGCUAACCUGUUCGCCUGUGGAUCGAUGAAUCAGUUCAUAGCGGUCUACAACGCAAACGGCGAUGUGAUCAGCAACAUAAAGUACUACGAUGGCUUCAUGGGACAAAGGAUCGGGGCCAUCAGCUGUUUAGCUUUCCAUCCUCACUGGCCCCACCUGGCAGUAGGCAGCAACGACUACUACAUGUCCAUCUAUUCAGCAGAGAAGAGGCUCAGAUAACACACCAGCAUUCAUCACCCCCCUCCUCCUUCUCCUCCACCAAACCACCCACCUCACCCUCUCUCUUCCCACCAAAACCACGACAUAUGACUUCUGACCCUGGGCCUCGAGCGCCCGGAUGUAAAUGACGUUUUUGUUGUAAAUAUGCAAUUAGCACCCUGAAUGUUCUAGUGAUGGCUGCUGACAAAAACUCAUGCUACGAACGACUAUAUAUAUAUUAUUAUUAUUAUUAUUAUUAUUAUUCUCAUUGUUUAUUCAUAUUCUUAUUAUGAAGCUAAUGAUUGUAGACUUGGCUGUGCUGAGGAGUGUGUAUAUUUAAAUAGCGUAUACAGAAGAAGAGAGGUUCUAUUUUAAAAAAAAGAAGUGGUACCCGCCGAUCACUGGGGCUCUUCGUCGCCUCGCAGCGAGCAUCACUACCUGUAAAAUGAACUGUGACACACAUACCCCCCCCCACCCCCCCUUUCUUCCAACCAGAUGUGUGGGCGAGGGGGAGGGAAUAUCGCCCCCCAGUGGACAAUACACACGCACACUGUUAUAAACACAUUCACUGGUGCAGGAAACAAGGACCUACCCUCUGCUGGAGCGCAGUGUGUUUACCAAUUCAUUUAAAACGGCCGACGGACACACAGUGUUGCUAUUGGCUGCACCGCCUCCAACACACACCCAGAGACGCUGGACUGGGGUCGUUUUUUUUUUGUUUUUUUUUGCCCAACAUGUCAACACAAGGCAGACGUGAUGAGUGUUUGUUUGUGUGUGCUUGUGUGUGUGUGUGUGCUUGUGUGUGUGUGUGUGUGUGUGUGUGUGUGUGUGUGUGUUUGUGUUUGUGUUUGUGUGUGUGUGUGUGUGUGUGUGUGUGUGUGUGUGUGUGUGUUACAGUGGAUUAUAGCACAGUUGUGCCCCACAGUGGGACUUUAUAGCCUUGGACUUUAAGUGAU